GGAGAGGCCUAAAAGUCGAGUUUGACCGAGCCACCGAGAUGAGAUAGCCGGGUGAUGGUUGCUACUCGACUCCAGCCAGCGUCGAUGUGUGGCACUCCUCCGAGACAAGCACCGCAACGUCUGCGUCUGCGUCAAUGAUCGGCGGCCUAUGAGGGUGAGGCACGUUGUGAACGGAUCGGGCCCGGAUUUCAUCUAUCUGCAAGCGUCAGUUAGUAUCGGGCGCAAAGAUGGGUGUGAUUUGCGUCACCAAUUUCGUUCAGUCGCCAAUAAGCCCAACGGGCCAACGUUGGAGGCUGAUUCCCCUCCCGCGCCGCUAUCUCGCAGCAGGCCACGUUGAAUGAUGCAGUUGCUAUUCAUUCCAGGCUACCUGUUUAGGCAACGUGGCCUGGCUGGUGGUUGCGACGCUUUGGGAGUCCUCAUGGCCCUGCCAGCGACGAUAUCAAAAGAUGUGAGAGGACGUUGCUUUUCACGGCAACGGCACAAAAGACAAAUUGACGCAAAGUUCGUCUAUUUACCCCGGAAGCCACUUUCCCCGCGAAUCCACGGCUUGGAAGUUUGGGAACUCCAGCAAAAGAACUCCAUCCAUUACUUGAUCAAAACCACUUUUGCCGGCAUCUCAUUACGUACUCCGUACGGACUUUGGGAGUCGAGCCCGGGACAUCUCCACAUCGGCAUCUCAUCUCGCUAUGUCUCCAGUUUACCACGUUCCCGUCUCCAGAGUUCCAGACUCGAGCGAAAAGAAAGGAACCCGCCAGCCCGUACGGCGCACGCACGCACGCACGCGAGCGCUGGAACACCAGAGAGCCGGGCUCCAUUUCCCCGCGAUUUCCACGCCAAAAAGUGGUCAGGUCAUGACACAUCCGAAGCUGGCCGCGCACCAAUCCGAAGCAAUUGGAUUGACAAAUACAUCCAGAGUAUUUCACAGUUGACUUUUACCUGUAGAGAAUUAUGGAUCCGUCAAAGACAUUUGCGACAAAUGUCCCGGAUCUAGACCCGCGUGACGUCCAGCGACAGACGAUCCCUACGCAUGGAAGAUGAUGACGAGGAGCAGCACCAGCAACUCGACUGGCCUCCGCCGUAUGAGACCGUCUUCGACC